AUGGCGGAGCUGAUGCAUGCGUCGCUCCCCCCCACAAGCUUAGGAGAGGAGGUGACUAUAACAGGCUGGCAGCAUUUGCCUGAAUUGUUCUUCCAAAAGGUUCUACUCCAGUUGCUCUUAGACCCCUACUGCUUCAGCCAAUAUGAAGCCAGUUCCACUGAACUCACUCCACUCUAUGUCCACAAUAUGCAGCACGGAGAUGAUUCUAAAAGCCAUUUGGUAGCUCCAGAGCAGCUCGAGGAUGAGAAUGGGAUCCAAUUUCAUAUCCACCAGGCAAACGGCAUCAGGAUCUGUGACCGCUUCCUGCUUGGCCUCUGCAAAGGGGAGAGAUGCCAGCUUCACCACACAUGCUACCCUUACCACUGGCAGGUGAUGCGGAAGAAGAAAGGAGUGUGGCAGAGCAUGAAUGAAUUGGCUCAGCAGCACCUGGAGAAACUUUACAGCAAUGUAAAUGACUCACUAGUUACACUGGUGGAAAAGGAUGGUUCAAAAGGCAAAGUCAACCUAAAUGUGAUGGAACAGUACUCCUUUGGUCCUUAUGGCAAAAUACAGCGACUCUCCAACACCCAUGAUCCACAGCAGAACCCACAUCUCCACACAGAGUGGCACAUGUAUUGGCUUGAUGAAACCAAUUGGAAGGAAUAUGAGGAGCCAAUUUCCCAAGAAAUCAUUAAUGCCUUUGACAGUGGCUUACAAAGCUAUAGCUUCAGUCACGAAGGCCAACAGUAUACUCUAGAUUUGAAGAACCUUAUACAAACUAACUCAACAACAGAACAAAAGUCAUCCAUUCAGCGCCAUCCUGCCUACCACACACCUAUCGACAUGGUUCCACAUCUGCGGACACUCCCAAAUGGUUGUAGGGGACAUCUCAAUCCUUAUGCUGCCAACAUCCCUGGGGAGGAUCCCACUGAUGGGUACUCUGGACCAUAUCCUGCAUCAUGGAUCUCAUGCCCCUCAGAAGGACCCACUUAUGUGCAACGUGAAAUAGCACCAUCAGAAGCAGUGUACAGCACAGUUUAUACUCUCUUCCACAAAUCUCUCUCAGAGGAUACAUUUCUGGUGUUAGGGAUUUACAGGAUCAGGCAGGAGUAUCUUUGGCAAAAAUACAGCAGUCAGAAGGAAAUAAUGUCCCGAGGACUCUCAACAGAAGAGAAAAAACAGCUAGAACAGCAUCUCUUCCAUGGCCCCUCAGCAGACAGCAAGAACUCCAUCUGUCAGGUGGGCUUUGACCCUCGUCUCUCAGGACAGCAUCUUGCUGCCUUUGGCAAAGGCAGCUAUUUUGUCAAGAACGCCCAGUACUCAAAUGGAUUUUGUACAGCAUGCAAGGCUGGGCUGCGCUAUAUGUUUCUGGCAAAGGUCCUGGUGGGAAAGUCUGCUGUAGGGAAUGCUAGUUACUGUCAACCCCCAACAAUAAGGUCUAGUGGCCCACCCUUUGAUUCAUCUGUUGAUUCCACUUCCAGCAUCUACGUGAUCUUUAACAGUAGCCAGUCCUACCCAUAUUUCCUGAUCCGCUACAAGCUGUUUUCCGACCCUGUUGCAACAGAUGGUUCAUAA